AUUCCUCUAACAUCAUUUGAAUCAGCAUCGUCACCUUCCUCACCCUUUCUUCCUCCUUUGCAACUAGCACUCCUAGUGGAUGCUAUUGUGUUGCAUCAGAUAAGUAAAGUGUUUGUGCUUCUCUGCGGAUUAUUUUGGAGAUGUCAUUUUGUAUAAGCAAGAAGAUCCAAGUCCAAGGCAUAUCUGAUGAGUCUCUCAGAAUGGACGAAGAGACCAUGCUGGUUCAGAAGCAGGGCAUUGUCACCAUUUUGGGCUCUGACUUUGAUAGCAACAGAGCUUCUGCCACUUCUCUGCGUCGAACACUAUCCGCAGACAUGUCUUCAAAGAAAUGGCUUUUACAAAAUGGGGUUUCUCCCAUGAAAAAGAUUUCUUCAUCCGAAGAACUCUCACACUCACACUCACACUCAAAAGUCACUGCUGAAUCAUUGUCCUCUUCCGAAGGAGAAGAAGAUGACUAUGAAGAAAUGAAGGAGCUGGAAGUUGAAGUGGAGCGCGAACGAUUCAAAAUUUGGAGUUCAAUUCAGCGAGACAAGAAGGAGGAACAACAUGAGAAACCAGGACCUUUUGAUAUCUGGAGCUCAAUCUUGUCACAAAAGGCCAACGAUGAAACCUCCAACAAGUUACCUCCUUAUAUUCACCCACUUGUGAAAUCUAAAAGUUGUUUGAGUAAAAAGAGUCUCGAAAUAUGCACAGAGUCUCUUGGAUCCGAAACUGGCUCUGAUGGAUUCUCCUCUUGCACACCAUCUGAGACAGGGGAUUCAGAGGAGGACAAGGACAACAUGGAAGAAGAGGAAGAAGUGACAGUGCAAGCACAUGAGGAAGAGUUGCAAGUGCCAAAAUACAACUAUGCUGAGAAGAAGUCACUAUCUCGUUCUUUCCCUCCUCCACUCCCUUCACUUCGCAUGCAGUCCCAUCGUGACAACGGAAGGUUGUUCCUACAAGCUGUAUCCAUUCCUUCACAGAACAACUUUUGUGCUCAACGCCAAGAUGGUCGCCUAGUCCUCACUUUAGCCAGUCAUCCUGACAAGGAUGACAGCCAAGUGACCGAAGAAGAUGACGACGACGAUGACGAUGACGAUGACGAAGAGAAAGAUCAUGUGGACGAGGAGGAGGAGGAGGAGGAAGAAUUCGUGAAGUUUGAGGAAGAUUAUGAGGCAGAGGAAGAUGAUGCUGAUAUAAAGCAAGCACCUAUAUUAUGUAGUGGGCUUUCAAGUGUUCAUAGGUUAGCAUUAAUGAUGAAUAAGCAAAUUGAGUUAGUUAAUAGGAGUCCAAAAUGGUCAGAGAAGUUGAACGAAGUGGCCAAUUUUGAGGAUGUUAAUGUGGAGCAACAUAGUCCAGUGGCACAGUCACUCCCACUGAGGACAAGGGCUCGGCUAAUUCCAUCAACACCAACUGUGGCUGCUUUCAAUGCUUAUGAGUACUACUGGCAGACGAAGCCCACAGCAAAUGCUGCUUCUAUUCCUAACACUUUUACCCAUCAACAUUAUAACUACUCAUCCCUGAAGAACAAUCACAGUCACAGCAAGCUCGUUGUCUCUGGGGACAUUAAUCAAACUUCAAAUGAUGACCGACAACAGUUGCUGGUUCUGAGAGGCAAGAAUGGUGAUUACUUGGUUCACAGUUUGAAGAGUUGCAAGGAUUCUAGAAGGUCUUUUCUGUUCUGGGAACCCUAUUGCAUUGCUACCUGACCUGUGUCACAACUUCAUGCGAUCACAUUACUAAUCCAA